UCAGUGAGGGGAGUCGUAAUAUGUCGGGGGUGCAUAUCUAAUAUGAAUGUCAUAUUUUAAAUACAUUUUAUACACAAUAAAUACAUUGUCGUUUCUCUGCUUUUAUUUUUAUUCAUCGCACAAAAUUAAGCAUUUAAUUUGAUUUUCCAACAUUUAAAGUCUUUUUCACAUCUGAAAUGAUAUAAUGUCGAGCGGACUCACAUCAGUUGUGCGGGUCUGCAGCUGGAUGCUAUUGGGAGUGGCAAUAAAGAGGCGUGAUCACGCAGACUCUCAGCAGCACAUGCUUAACACUUCUCACUGUCGGGUUAUUAUUUUGACCUGUUCUGUGAGCUGUUGAAGAAAAUGUAUACUAUGAUGUUGUUCUGUUUCUCCUUGUGGAGUCUGUCUGGUGUGUUUAGUGAGUGUGUGUCAGUGACUGAAGGAGAUUCUGUGACUCUGUCUGUGGAUCUGACUGAAGUGAAAGAUGGAAUCUCCUGGAAGUUUGGAGCUCAUGAUGUUGUCAUAGCUGAGAUGAAUGCAGAGAACAAGAACAUCAGUUUAUAUGAAGAGAGAGCUGACGGGAGAUUCAGAGACAGACUGAAGAUGGAUCACACUGGAUCUCUCACCAUCAACAACAUCACACUCACAGACUCCGGACUUUAUCAAGUCUUCAACAAAAACACAAAGACUAAACUCAAGAUAUUCAACAUCACUGUCUAUGGUCGUCUUCCCAUUCCUGUCAUCACCAGAGACUCUCCAGUUCAGAGUCACUUGAUGAAUUUUUCAUCAUCUUCAGUGUCAGAUUGUUCAGUGUUGUGUUUAGUGAUGAAUGUGUCACAUGAUGUGAGUCUCUCCUGGUAUAAUGGAAGCCGUGUACACUCCAGCAUCAGUGUGUCUGAUCUCAACAUCAGUGUGUCUGAUCUCAACAUCAGACUCUCUCUACCUCUGGAGGUGGAAUAUCAGGACACAAACACAUACAGAUGUGUGGUCAACAAUCCCAUCACAAACCACACACAACAUCUACACAUCACUCAACUCUGUCACACAUGUCAAGGCUACUGCUGUUGUGGUUUUACUGAAGCUGUGAUCCGAUUGGUCAUCUCUGCUCUGGUGGGCGUGGCUACUGUUGCUGUUUUGGUUUAUGACAUCAGAUCCAGAGGAGAUGAGCAGACAGUAUAUUAAAUUACUGAUAGUUGCUUUGUAUAAAUCUGAUAAAUAAGUGUAAACGCAGCUAUUUUGCUACAGCUGCUUUGCCAACUAACACCCUAGUACAUAGACCAGAGUAAUAUUCAUUAUUUGGGUUUAUUUGAUUUUUCAUACUGAUCUGACAAAUGUCAACAAACAUAGAUUUUCUGAGUUGGCUACUGGGGUUAGAAUCUAGGUUGUUCUGCUGUAGUUUUUCUCUCUCUAAAGAUCUCUCGAUCAGGGUCUGUAUUACAGAAACAUCCCAGCUCAGAAUAUCUCUUUAGUAACUUGGUGAUUUUGCUUUGCAGCCCAUUUAGAACAUUUAACGUUAGAUCAUAACAUAUACACAUAUGGCCUCAGGUCCUUUAUUUUACAGUUCUGCUUGCUUGCUUUUGUCCUUGAUUUCUUCCUAAAACGUUUUCAGUCGAUGGGUUAUAGUGAGCACAUGUUAUUGAUAGUAUCUGUAUAAUGCAUUUUUUUUGUGUGAGGCUUAGAUGUUUAGUUAAUAAAGAAAA